UGAGGGUGCAUUUAUAUUUACACACACUCCUGCCUGUGCAUAGGAAACCCUAGUGGAAUAAAAGUGUUAGCAUAUGGAAAACUGAUGUGGAGAAAGUAUCACACUUUUGGCAUUUGGAAGGUAUUGAUCAGGAGAGGGGGUAAAAAACAAUUUCCAAAUUGUAAAGGCCAUCAUCAACAAAUAGAGAAAAUGGAGCACUACAGUGACAUCGCAAACAGGGCAUCCCUCAAAAAUCCCUUCAGAGGUCAAGACAAACACCUACCGAGGAGGCUGCAAAGAGACCUACAGCAACAUUAAAGGAGCCGAGGAAACACCUGACAUAUAAUUAUUACCCUUUAAAUAAUGUUAUGGCCCAAUUUGACCAAUUCCGAAAGUUAUAAUUGUUCCAUAAUUCCACUAGAUGUGUUUUGGUGCAAAUAAAGCACUUCAAAAAAAGAACACCACAGUACAGCAUGAUGGUGACAGCAUUAGAGCUGCUUUUGCUCAUCCAGAAAUGGGGCCUUUAUGAAGGUGGAGGGAAUCAUAAGUAGCUACAAAUACCAAACCAUUUUAAUGCUACAUGACAAAGCAUACAUCCAAAUCAGCAAAGGAAAGGUUUAACAAUACAAGAACAAUUUUCUUAAAAAUCUGUGGAGUUACCUGAAGUGGACUGUGCAAGGAAAUGGCCUUACAAUUUGAUGGAUCUAGAAUUUUUGUUAGAAAGAGUGAGACAAUAUUGCCAAGUAAAGAUGUGCAAUGCUGAUACUGUGAAUAUGAAUCCUUCCUUUUUUCCCCUCACAAAAUGGUUUCUAAUUGUUUUUCACUUUAUUUUAUAUCCAUUGUAAUUCCAUUACACAAUGUAUCAUGGUUAAUAUAUGUUUUUUUGCUCCAAUGGUAAAAUGAAAAGUUAUAAAAUGUGUGUUAAAUGUAUGUUGGAGUGUGUUAUUCAUAGGGUUGAGCAUUGUAAGCAUAAGAUGAAGUGCACUAAAAGUGGUGACUAACACUACGAGUGCAUUGUGCUCAAUCAGAGCUUGCUGAGUUGGUGAUUUGGCCUCAGUGAAUUUAAUCUGCUUCUCAUAAAACUGCUGAUGUAGGACACAAUCUCUCAAGUUAAAGCAGUGCACGUUGUAAUUGUACACCUAGUGCUGUAGUGCACAUAGUAAUUGUGUAAACUGUUCCCUGAAGUUAAGGAUUUGUCCUAAUAUUAAAUAAUGAUGUUUAGCUACAGUAUUUGCGUCUUUAAUAUGGGAGGAGCUGUGUGUCUGUGUGUGUGUGCGUGUAUAAAAACACAAACUUUAAAAUGAAACUCAGUUUGGUUUCUUGCAUAAGCUGUCUAAACCCCAAAAUGAUGCAUUUAGCCAUUUUUUUUGUGAUGCUGGUGCAAUGCUGGAGCCUUCCUCUGCAGAAUUCCUCUGCAGUCCAUGGAGCAAAAACGAGGGCAAAACGAGGGUAUUCAGAGGAGUUUCUGCAUCCGGAUGAGAUGAACUCAAUGGACAAGAUACUUGUAGCAAACAAUGGGAAGUCUUUUUUUCGGCGCUUUGCCUUUCGUGAAGGUGACAUUGCGAGUUUUGGCAUGAGAAGUGCCAUUUCGUGUCCAAACCAAGACUGCCUCUGGCCAAAAUCAGUGGAUGGAUUUGUUUACGUUCCUUACACUAUCUCUCCUCUCUAUGACAAUAUGGACCGGAUCACAAUCGAGAUGGGAAUACUGGACAUCACAUCAUCAACAUGUGUGAAAUUUGUACCACGUACGCAUCAAGCUGACUUUGUUGAUAUCCAACCUAGAAUUGGGUGCUGGUCAUUCUUAGGCAGGGUAGGAGGACCACAGCCACUCUCACUGCAGACCCCGGCAUGCAUGUGGUCAGGCAUAGCAUCUCAUGAGCUCAUGCAUGUGCUCGGCUUUGUUCACGAGCAGUCACGCUCUGAUCGUGACCGCUACGUUACCAUCCUGUGGGAAAAUAUCAUUGAAGGACAAAAGCACAACUUUAAAAAGUAUGAGACAAACAAUUUAAACACCGUAUAUGAUUAUGACUCUGUAAUGCACUAUGGGAGAUAUGCUUUCUCAGAAGACGGAUCACCAACUAUCAUCCCUAAACCAGAUCCGAACAUUCCUAUUGGCCAGCGUGAUGGACCGAGUCAACUAGAUAUUCACAAAAUAAAUCUGCUGUACAACUGUGGUGCGUAA